CUAAACUAGGUGUAGUUGUAGAGGCUCUUUUUUUCUUCAUUCAAAAACCAAGGGUUUGACUCCUCUCACGCUCAGAUCUGAUUCACCCCCCUUCCUUUCCUCACCCUAAUUUCUACUCAAUUUCAAUGCUUUGCUUCUAAUCCCCAAAAUUCUCUUCGCCCUAAAAAUCCCGAAAUCAAAAACCCCCCAAGAUAUAGUGAAAUGAAGCGCCCUUAUUUUGAGAAGCUGAUUCUCUCUUCUACUCUCAAAGCCAAACAGCUGAAAAUACCAGAAAAUUUUGCCAAGAAACACAGAGAUGAGUUUUCGACAUAUGUUACGCUCAGUGUUCCUGGUGGUCAUGUUUGGCGUGUAGGAUUGAAGAAGGCUGACAAUAAGUAUUGGUUUCAAGAUGGUUGGCAGGAUUUCAUUGAGCGUUAUUCCAUCCGCACUGGAUACUUUUUGAUAUUCAGAUAUGAAGGGAAUUCGUCUUUUACUGUUCAUAUUUAUAACCUGACUACCGCUGAGAUUAAUUAUCCACCUAAUACUCUCGGUGGUAGUGGAGGGACUGUUUAUGGUAACCAUUAUCAAGUAUUUGAAGAAAUUGAAGAUGAGGACUCAGUUGAAAUCUUGGGUUCCUCCCCUUCAUCCAUUGUUACUAGUUCUAUGAGAGACAGGCUCUUUGGGGACAGUGCAAAUCAACUGACUACUGGAAAAAAUUAUAGUCCUCCAUCGCUGCAGAAUUUGUUCAAUGGUGCUAAGCAUAACUGGACUGAUGCUGGGAAGCUUCAUACACCGAAGGUUGCUGCAUUACAAGAAGGUAAUAAUUCUACGCAAGAUAAUGGUACUCAGCAUAAGAAGAGUAAAAAGACUGUGGACGAAGUCAAAUCAUGUACUCCAGGUGAAGGUACAGAAAGCGUAAAGAAGACUGUCAGAAAAAGGCGGAAACGUGAUCCUAAUGCGCAGGAGUCAUCUGCUCAACAUGAACAGGAUGUAGAAAUCCGUUUCAGAUUUUAUGAAAGUGCAUCUGCAAGGAAGAGAACUGUGACAGCUGAAGAAAGAGAGAGGGCUGUAAAUACAGCCAAAACAUUUGAGCCGGUUAAUCCUUUCUGCAGGGUUGUCCUUCGACCAUCAUAUCUAUAUAGGGGUUGUAUAAUGUAUUUGCCAUCCUGCUUUGCUGAAAAGAAUUUAAGUGGGGUUUCAGGAUUUAUAAAACUUCAAUCUGCUGACGGUAAACAGUGGCCUGUUCGAUGUCUUUACAGAGGAGGGAGAGCAAAAUUAAGUCAGGGAUGGUAUGAGUUUACGGUGGAGAAUAAUUUGUUAGAGGGGGAUGUUUGUGUGUUUGAGUUGCUCAAGACGAAGGAGAUUGUGCUGAAAGUUAAUGUAUUUCGUGUCCAAGAAGAUGCUGGAUUUGUAACCCAAUCAUUUGUGAACCAACCUUCAGGGCAAAAUAUAAUUCAGGCUAUACCGCUUAGAAAUUAGUGACCACCAGGCUGGUAAUGUGGGAUGUCUAAAGUGUAUCAAAUAUCUCUUUGCUUUUCGAGUAGUGAUCUGAUUUGUUCUUGUGGAACUUAGAUCUAUUUAGUACUUGGAACUUUUCAGGAUGACAUAGUGUAACUUUUUUUCAUUGUUUAGGAGUUUCAACUCAAUUUUUUCUUCACUAGCACUGUAAAUAGAUUGUGCAAUACUAUGAUCCUAAUUGGCCCUUUUUUUUCAUAUGGUGUGUAUGCUCACCCUUCCUACUUGCUCAUUUGCUAGUGUGCCUAGGGGAGAGCUUUUCUUGAUCU